GAAAGGAAAUCUCUUUUCCUGUAUGAUCUAAGGGAAAUCAUAUCAUGUUUGUUUAUUAAAAUAUGUACGAAUGGAAAUGAGGGUAGUGAGUGAAAUUGAAAUUGGCUUCCAGACUACAAUACAUAUUUUGUUCAAAUGAUUCGAAGACUCCUUAGUGGUUUUAUAGAUAAUGUAACUGUGUCAUUAGAUACCCAGGGAUAUCAUUGCUCAUUCACAAAAAAAGAAACCAUUCCGUUUGGUUGGCUUUCCAGUGCUGGACCAUGUUUUCCAAUAACUGCUAAAAACAUCUCCAUUCUAACAGAUCCCAAAGUUUUCUAUGAACACAUUAUAGCUGGAUGUAAGAAUGCUAAAAACAGAAUAACAUUGGUUAGCUUGUACUUGGGAAAUGGAAGUCUCGAGAGAAAAAUUGUAGAUUCCAUGAAAAAUAAUGCACAUUUUAUGAGCAGUAAUCUGGAUGUCAAUAUUCUGUUGGAUUACACAAGAGGCAGCAGAUAUGAAAACAACUCUAGGAAAAUGUUACUGCCUUUACUACAGGAAGACAAAAACUGCAGAGUGUCUUUGUACCAUACACCAGCACUGAGAGGUUUAUUAAAGAGAUAUAUGCCAAACCGCUGGAAUGAACUGCUUGGUUUGCAACACAUGAAACUAUACAUUUUUGAUGACACUUUGAUAAUCAGUGGAGCAAAUUUAUCCAAUGACUAUUUCACAAAUCGUCAGGAUAGAUAUUUUAUUGUGAAGGACAAACAAUUGUGUGAUUUUUAUUGUGGUCUAGUGAACAGGAUACAAAUGUUCAGUUUGAAUUUGGACAAAAAUGAUAACACAGAGCUCAAUAGUGGUUGGACAUGCUCUCCCUUUGAUGGAAAUAAAAGAGAAUUCAUUCAGCAGUCCAGUGAUAUAAUCAGACAGUAUUUCUUAGAUAGUCAAAACAACCAAAGUAUUCAAAAGGAAGGGGAGUUUGAUACAUGGAUUUUUCCCUUGAUUCAAAUGGGGCAACUUGGUGUGGACCAAGAUGCCCAAGUGACCAACAGAAUUUUAGCAGAGGCCCCUGCAGGUAGCAAAUUGAAAAUAGCCUCUGGAUACUUCAAUCUGACCACCCAAUAUAUGGAUACCUUGAUUAGAGAAUGCCAAGCCCAAUGUGAUAUUCUGAUGGCUCAUCCAAAGGCAAAUGGCUUCUGGGGAUCAACAAAUCCUUCUGGGGGAAUACCUUAUGCUUACUCCCUGAUAGCCAAGAAUUUCGAAAAAUAUGCUGAAAAUGAAGGCCAACUGGAUAGAAUCAGAUUAUUAGAAUAUCUACAAUCUGGAUGGACUUUUCAUGUCAAAGGUUUGUGGUAUUAUCCUCCAGAAAACACCUUUCCCAGCAUGACCGUGAUAGGAUCACCUAAUUUCGGAGAAAGAUCAGUGAAGCGAGACUUGGAAACGCAAAUAGCAAUUGUGACAGAAAACGAAAAACUCAGGGAAUCCCUCCAUAUGGAGUGCUCCAAAUUGUUUGAAUCCAGUUUUCCUGCAGAAACGAAAAGAAAGGUACCACUGUGGGUGAACGUCUUUGUAUUAUUUUUCAGAAGCUAUUUCUGAAGUUGAAACAGCUUGUUAUGUUUGUUGUUAUGCAGAUAAUAUAUAGGUAUGUUAGAUU